UUCAUUUCUAAAAUAAUAUAAAUACCAUUCUGCCCGCUUUCAAAAGAAUGGAGAUCCUACCCGAGUUUUACUCAUCUGUAACCCUGAUCACGAGGCUUUUAAUUUAUAUAUUACGGAGAGAAAGAGGGAUCCAGGUGUGCGUGGCGAUCGGAGUUUCAGUUCUCGGUUUGCUUCUGCUCUUCCCAUUUCCUUCGGUAAAUUUGAGAAAUUUUUGUUUAGUUCUGGAUUUAGAGGUCAAGUUCUUCCUUUUUUCUGUUAAUUAUCUGGAUUUUGAAAAAAAAAAAAUGGUGUUCGCGCAUGCUUUCUUUCUCAAAGUUUGGUGGAUAUGCUAGAUUUCUUUAGUUUUUGACUGUUAAUGCUGAGCUAAUGGCCAGGAAGUUUUUUCGUUUUUGUUUUUUUGAGUUUUGGUGGGGCGCUGGAUUUAGUUGGAACUCAGGAAGUCUAGAGUAUCAACGUUAGUUGGAUUGUUAUCAUGGAGGAGAUUUAAUGGGAAUUUCUUAAAAAAGAAGAGACUCCCUCUGGAUUGAUUUCGAGCUAAGAAGAUCUGAAUAUGUGUAGAAGGCUUGAGUGGUCCUAGGAAUAGAUAGGUACAGGAGAGUUUCUGCAAGGUCAUGGAUCUCUAAACCUCCGCUUUAGCUCAUAUCAUUUAGCUGUUUUCUUUUUUUUCGAAAAAUUCUAGCUUUCAUGCGACAAUUAAGUCUAUAGCUCUGUUGUUCGAUCGUAGAGGAAGAUAGGAUUUUGCUCCACCAUUCCUUUACUUACCCGCAUCGAGUCGAGAAUGGAGACAGUAUGCAUUCCGAGGUGCAGAUUUUCCAGGAUCGUGGCCAUCCUGCAGAUCAUUUUAGGCGUCUUUGUCGUCCUUAUCAGCGUCGCCAGCAUCCAUCGCUUCUCUUUGGCUGGCUUCCUCCUCCCCAACAACAACGAGGAAGCCUGCCAGAGGUUCCAUACCAUCAAGGAGGGCUAUGCCGACUUCGACCUCAAGGCCCUUUCUGACCGCGUGGAAGACGUCGUCUCUCAGCUCUCGGAGCUUCAGGACAAGCUCGACGCCACCGUUCAGAAGAUGGACCAGGACAGGAAAGACAGCAUGACGCGCUCCGAAUUCAGGAGGUUCCUUCAGGAGGAGGUGAUCCAACCCGUCUACAGCGCCCACAUUGCCCUCCGGCUAAUCCGAAUUCCGAAACCCGACUCUGGAUUCAAUUCCACGGAGGACCCUCUCAUAAACUUCUUCACGGUGGAGGAGACCCGAAAGUACAUCACACCGAAAGGUAACAAGAAUGGGAAGCUCAGUAAGUACGGCACGAACAAGACCUACGCCACCAUCGGGCAUGCUUGUGUUCUUAUGCGGAAGGAACUGGAGGAGUACAUGAACUACGACAUCGGGUCCUACUGCAACGACGAUUGGCAUUUGGCCCAGAAGCUGAUGCUGGGUGGGUGCGAUCCCGUUCCUAGGAGGCGGUGCUUGGCCCGAGCGUCGAAGCUCUACCAGCAACCGCUCCCGAUCAACGAGUCGUUGUGGACGAUGCCGGAUGACCGCAACGUCCGGUGGAGCAACUACCGGUGCCGGAACUUCAAGUGCCUGUCGAUCAAAAACCCGAGGAGGGGCUUCUCCAGGUGCACCGGGUGCUUCGAAUUGGAGAGGGAGAAGCUGAAGUGGGUCACGAAUGCCUCGCUUGCGGACUUCCUCAUCAGGGAUGUGCUCGCGGUGAAGCCCGGGGAGAUCAGGAUUGGGCUCGAUGUCAGUAUCGGAACGGGGAGCUUUGCAGCAAGGAUGAGGGAGUGGAAUGUGACGAUUGUCUCCACUGCUUUGAACGUGGGUGCGCCAUUCAGUGAGAUGAUUGCGCUGAGAGGAUUGAUUCCGCUCUACACCACGCUCAGCCAGCGGCUGCCAUUCUUUGACAACACGUUGGAUUUGAUCCACACCAGCGUGUUUCUUGAUGGGUGGAUCGACCUCCAGCUCCUGGACUUCGUCCUGUUCGAUUGGGACCGGGUGCUGAGGCCUGGUGGGCUGCUGUGGGUGGACAAGUUCUUCUGCAUCAGAAAGGAUUUGGAUGACUAUAUGUACAUGUUCCAGCAAUUCGGAUACAAGAAGCAUAAGUGGGUGGUCUCCUUCAAGUCCAAGGAGGAGGUAUAUCUCUCUGCUUUGCUAGAAAAGCCACCCAGGUCUCUAUGAUCUCUGCUCUGUACUUCCAUGGCACUGGCACGACACAUACAUUAACUUCUUGUUGCUUGCAAUUUGUAACUCGUAACCAUUCCAUCUUAUGUUUUCCAAAUAGAAACAAAUCACGAGAUUGGAUUUUUGCUGCAUCUCU